AUGCCGUAUGGCAUGCAGUAUGCCGUAUUAUUGGCGCCAAACUUCCCGUGGCUGGACGUGCUACUCAAAAAAAGUAGCACCAUCCCAGCCUGGAGAAAAAGAAUUGAGGACCGUAUCGCAAAGGCAAGGGCCCUUAUCGGCAGACUGACAAGCUUCAGGUCGGGUAAUAAUAGACCGAGGAUUAUGCGCACCGUUAGGAUGGCGUUUGCUGGGACAAAUAUCAGUUUGUUCCAGCCGGAUAUCACGCAAAAACUAACGGAGCGCAUAGAUGACCUGAAGCAAAAAAUCGCUGCUUGGGGGAAGCGGAUUCGACGAUUUAGCGAGAGGUCAAGGCGGUUCAACCAGAAUCGUCUCUUCCAGAGUGAUCAGAAGAGGCUCUAUAAAUCAUUGGAGCGACCAGAGGUAUGUGGAGCGGGCCCAGGACCGGAUCAGGCUGACACUGUCGCAUUUUGGCGUGGCCUGUGGUCAGAGCCCGUAAACAACAGCGAGGGCCCUUGGAUGCAGCCAGAGUGCAAGUGUUACGCCUAUGGACCCCGUCACCAUAACGCCUGA